UUUUGAUACGUAGAGAGCACGUGAAGGCAGCGCGUGAGCUGAACCGGAGCGCAGGCGGAGGCGCAGCAGCGUGGAGAUGUCGGACCCGGCGGCGCAGGCCUUGCAACCCCGGCUUCUCCAAGCCCAGUCUGCUGGGUCAGCUGGGUCCAGUACUGCCGCGACAGGCUCUGGGUCAGGCAACAGCGACCCUGCCAGACCGGGACUGAGCCAGCAACAGCGUGCAAGCCAGAAGAAAGCCCAAGUCCGAGCGUUCCCACGGGCGAAAAAGCUCGAGAAACUUGGCGUAUUCUCCGCAUGCAAGGCUAUUGACACAUGCAAGUGCAAUGGAUGGAAGAACCCAAACCCACCGUCAGCCACACGGCUGGACCUGCAGCAGCAAGCGGCCAGCCUGAGCGAGCCGUGCCGCAGCUGUGGACAUGCUCUGGCUGAUCAUGUGUCCCACUUGGAGAACGUGUCAGAGGAUGAGAUUAACAGGCUGCUGGGGAUGGUGGUGGACGUGGAGAACCUUUUCAUGUCCGUACACAAAGAGGAGGACACUGACACCAAACAGGUCUACUUCUACCUUUUCAAGCUGCUGAGGAAAUGCAUCUUGCAGAUGAGCCAGCCGGUCGUGGAGGGAUCUCUUGGGAGUCCGCCGUUUGAAAAGCCCAACAUCGAGCAGGGGGUUUUGAAUUUCGUUCAGUAUAAGUUCAGCCACCUGGCACCGAAGGAAAGGCAGACCAUGUUUGAGCUGUCGAAGAUGUUUCUCCUGUGCCUAAAUUACUGGAAGCUGGAGACGCCGACGCAGUAUCGCCAGCGCACCCAGAAAGACGACGGGACGGCGUACAAAGUGGACUACACCAGAUGGCUGUGCUACUGCCACGUCCCCCAGAGUAACGACAGCCUACCACGCUACGAAACCACUCACGUGUUCGGCCGCAGCUUGCUCAAGUCCAUCUUUACUGUGACCCGACGCCAGCUCCUGGAGAAGUUCAGAGUGGAGAAGGACAAACUGCUGCCGGAGAAACGCACACUUAUCCUCACACACUUCCCCAAGUUCUUGUCCAUGCUGGAGGAAGAAAUCUACGGUGAGAAUUCGCCCAUCUGGGAGGCCGACUUCACCAUGCCGGCCUCAGACGGGACACAGCUGGGACAUCAGACAGUGAUCAGUCCUGCUGCAGUGUCCGGCUCCCCUUCUCUGCCCAAAGGUCUGAGCAGCAUCUCCUCUCUGGGCAGCAUGGACACCGGAGGCGCAGAGCCCAUCAUAGGGGAAAAACGUAAACUUCCGGAGGCGUUGACUCUCGAGGAUGCCAAGCGGAUCCGUGUGAUGGGAGACAUUCCCAUGGAGCUGGUCAAUGAAGUCAUGAUGACGAUCACCGACCCUGCUGCUAUGCUCGGACCAGAGACUAAUCUGCUGACGCCUAACGCUGCCCGUGAUGAGACUGCCAGGCUGGAGGAAAGGCGGGGAAUCAUAGAGUUCCACGUCAUUGGAAACUCGCUUUCCCAGAAGUCCAACAAGAAGAUCCUGAUGUGGCUGGUUGGCCUGCAGAAUGUCUUCUCUCAUCAAUUACCUCGCAUGCCCAAAGAAUACAUCACACGGCUGGUGUUCGACCCGAAGCACAAGACCCUCGCCCUUAUCAAAGAUGGCCGCGUCAUUGGUGGCAUCUGUUUUAGGAUGUUUCCCACUCAGGGCUUCACAGAGAUCGUCUUCUGUGCCGUCACAUCCAACGAGCAAGUUAAGGGCUACGGUACCCACCUGAUGAACCACCUGAAGGAGUAUCACAUCAAACACAACAUCCUCUAUUUCCUCACUUACGCUGACGAGUACGCCAUCGGCUACUUCAAGAAGCAGGGCUUUUCCAAAGACAUCAAAGUGCCGAAGAGUCGAUACCUGGGAUACAUCAAAGACUACGAGGGAGCGACCCUCAUGGAGUGCGAGCUGAACCCGAGGAUCCCCUACACCGAGCUCUCUCAUAUCAUUAAAAGACAGAAGGAGAUUAUCAAGAAGCUGAUUGAGAGGAAACAGAGCCAGAUCAGAAAGGUUUACCCCGGUCUCACCUGCUUCAAAGAGGGUGUACGACAGAUCCCAGUGGAGAGCAUCCCAGGCAUAAGAGAGACGGGCUGGAAACCCAGUAGCAAGGACAAAGGGAAAGAGGUGAAAGAUCCUGAUGUGUUGUACAACAUGUUGAAGAACCUCCUGGCCCAGAUAAAGACUCAUCCUGAUGCCUGGCCUUUCAUGGAACCAGUGAAAAAAUCCGAAGCUCCAGAUUACUACGAGAUCAUUCGGUUUCCCAUCGACUUGAAGACCAUGACAGAGAGACUAAAGAACAGAUACUACGUGACCAAGAAGCUUUUCAUUGCCGACCUGCAGCGAAUCAUCACCAACUGUCGCGAGUACAACCCUCCAGACAGCGAGUACUGCAAGUGUGCCAACACCUUGGAGAAGUUCUUCUACUUCAAAUUAAAAGACGGAGGCCUGAUCGAGAAAUGAACUCGGCCACAGAAUUAUUUAGCGAUUUCAAACAAGACGGGGAGCGACUUUCAUAGCAGCCACUCGCAAGGAGCAGAUCAUGAGGACAGCAUCGCUAGCUAUUGUCAUAUCUGAGUUAAUAAAAGGGUAUGUACACGAGGGGAUUGUUGGACAAACAUAACAGAGGGUUGUUUGGAAAUAUCAGAGCCAGGUGAGCAUUACAAAGUGUCCAAAUGACAUUACCGUUCCCCUUAAAGUUAUCCUCUGUCAUUCAUUCUUUUCCAGUACUCACAGUGGGUUAAUAAUCUACAUAUACGUGUUUCAUUAAGUGUACCAAAGUUAUAGGUCCAAGUUAUAACAAUGCCGCACUUUCCACACUUAUUUAUAGUAUGAUUGAACCUGAUUUUGUCGCGUUUAAUGACAGUCUUUCAUUCCAAUUUGCUUAAAACUCGUCACGUGAGCAGAUGUGUAUGUAGUGUAGAGUUUUUAAUCACAGGAAACUGGACCUCGGGACCUAAAGCCACGUUGCCUUCCGUUACUGACAGACACUUGAACAUCCCAGCCAUCUUCAUGGGUUUUAAUGAGAAACGUUCUCUGAGGGGUGAAGUCCAGAGAGCAGUGUUUUUACUCUCGAGUAGCCUUCAAAGUAUUUAAUCAGUCAAUUGGAUUAAAAUCUAAUGAAUAAAAUUGUUAAAGUACUUUUAACAUUUUCUGAUUUUAGCUACUCCAAAGUGAGCAUUUGUUGCCUUUUUUCAUUCCAGCAUAUUGAAUAUCUUUGGAUAAAAAAAAAAAAAGGGAACGUAUCAUUUGGGCAUCAUUUAUUUAUUUUUAAUCAUAACUAAAUGAUUGAUUAUGAAAACCCCACAGAUUACCCAACAAUCAUUUGUUGCAGCUCUACUCUUGAGUAGCACGAGACACUGCGAGUGAUGGACUGGGCGUCAAAUAUUCCCAGCACUUUUGUGCUAAACAAAAUAAUUUCCCAGAUCGUUGCCUUCAAGAAAACACUGUUGUUUUCAUGUUGACAACAACAUAAUAUACUUCUUUGUACAGUAAAUAUGCUUACAUACUGUUUAUACACCAUUUUCCACUGGCAGGGUUUUAUUGCAAACCAUUUAGGAUGAGGUCACACCAUUGGUAUAGCUUUUACCGUGCUUGCAGGUGAUACUGUAGUUGUUGGCAUUGAUUUGUUUUGUUGCUCUGUAGUACAGUCACUUCCACGCACACACAUAUGCUAAGUAGUCUAUUUAGUGUACAGCCACAUGUUUGUGGUGGUCACAGGUUUACUGGAUAGUUUAUGUUGAAGGCCUGAACGUGGUGGGGAGAAGCUGAGCAGCAGUCCUCACGGUGAUCCAGGGCUUUUAGAAAGAAGAUAACUGUUUUAUUUAUCACACCAUACACAAGCUGUAAGUGGGUGUUAAUGCAUGGCUGACAGUUUACAAUUUGAAUUCAUAAAAGAAAAUACUUUUUUGUUUUGUUUUUGUCUUACAAACAUUGUAAAGAACUGUUAAACACACGUCCUUGUCAAACGGAGUGCUUCCUGAGACGCAUCCACUUCUUUUCUAGGAAGUAACUGUCUGUCCAAUGCUGGUUGAGCCUGCUUGUUGAAUGUUCCAUUGACUUGUGUGUGCGUGUAUGUGUUUGUGUGUGCGUGAGUGUGUGUGUGUUUAUUUUGUACUUAAAUCAUGACUAGCUUUGAAUUACUGAAGUGAUGUCAGUGUUGCAUUAUUCAGGGUUGCGUACUUCUCCCUCAAUCUACCUAUGCUGCAUUUCAGAUUUUCUUAAAAAGGUCAGUCUGAGUGAACUUUCCACCUGUUUGAGGAUGGCUACUGUCUCUAGUUAUGGUAUAAAUGCCAUUUACUGUAACUGUAAUACUGUUCAUGACAAUAAAGUUUUUUUUUUUUUUAAUAAACAAGUCAUAGUUA